AAGCCACACACAGGUAACUGAAAUAAAUAAUUUAUACUCGGCUGUGUUCGUGUCUUUACGUCCUCAUUAACAUUCCUCCCUUGUCUGUGUUGCUGAAAGGAGAGCUCAAGUGAACGGUGAGAGGGAGAGCAGUGCUCUUGUGCGAGUGAAGGAAACUGAGAUAUAGUGAGGCAGCAGCUGCACGAAAAAACAAAAAUCUGCAUUAAAUCAUUUUUUCAUUUUUUCACUUUUGGAACUGGAACUAGGACCUCCGAAAGCUCAUCAUCACAACAACAAAAAAAAAAAAUCUCGGUGAUCUUAAAUUACGUCUCCAACAUGCACAGGAUCUAAUACCUACAGCUUUGCCGAAAAAAAAAAACAUUAUUGUACGUUGGAUGUGGUUAUAUUUUCUUUGGAAAUGCAAGAGAUUAAGCAUUUAUCUGUCUUCCUUGUUCCUGUUUUUUUGGGACUGGCGUUUGGUGGAUCUUCCAGUGUACAAAUUGGGGGUUUAUUUCCAAGGGGUGCAGAUCAGGAAUACAGUGCAUUUCGAAUAGGAAUGGUUCAGUUCGCCACUCCUGAGUUUAGACUGACGCCCCAUAUUGACAAUCUGGAAGUAGCAAACAGUUUUGCUGUCACCAAUUGUUUCUGUUCCCAGUUUUCAAGAGGAGUAUAUGCUAUUUUUGGAUUCUAUGAUAAGAAGUCUGUAAAUACUAUAACAUCGUUUUGUGGAACUCUACACGUCUCUUUUAUAACACCAAGCUUCCCUGCAGAUGGAUUACAUCAGUUUGUUUUACAGAUGCGACCAGAUGUCAAGGGCGCUCUUCUUAGUUUGAUUGAGUACUAUCAGUGGGACAAAUUUGCAUAUCUGUAUGACAGUGAUAGAGGUUUAUCAACGCUGCAAGUAGUGCUGGAUACUGCUGCUGAAAAGAAAUGGCAAGUAACGGCAAUCAAUGUAGGCAACCUCAAAGAUGAAAAGAAAGACGAAGCUUAUCGCUCUCUGUUUCAAGAUCUUGAGAUCAAGAAAGAAAGGAGGGUGAUUCUGGACUGUGAGCAAGAUAAAGUGAAAGACAUUAUGGAACAGGUCAUUACGAUUGGAAGGCAUGUUAAAGGAUAUCACUACAUCAUUGCAAACCUGGGAUUCGUAGAUGGGGAUUUGUCAAAAAUUCAGUAUGGCGGAGCCAACGUAUCAGGAUUUCAGAUUGUUGAUUUUGAUGACCCAGUUGUCUCAAAAUUUGAUCAGCGUUGGGAAGCUUUAGAGGAAAAAGAAUAUCCUGGAGCGGACAACAGAAUUAGGUACACGUCUGCCUUGACUUACGAUGCUGUGCAAGUGAUGACCGAAGCCUUCCGCUACCUGCGCAAACAGAGGAUUGACAUCUCCAGGAGAGGCAAUGCUGGUGACUGUCUGGCAAACCCUGCUGUACCCUGGGCCCAAGGAGUUGAAAUAGAAAGAGCCUUGAAACAGGUCCACGUGGAAGGCUUGACUGGAAACAUACAGUUUGAUCAGUAUGGGAGAAGAAUUAACUAUACAGUUAAUGUUAUGGAGUUAAAAAACAGUGGUCCACGGAAGAUUGGUUAUUGGAAUGAAGUUGACAAAAUGGUUGUUACAGCAAACGAUUUCUCACCCGGAAAUGACUCCACAGGCAUGGAAAAUAAAACAGUAAUUGUGACAACAAUUUUGGAAGCACCGUAUGUAAUGCUGAAGAAAAAUUAUGAGCUAUUUGAAGGCAAUGACAUGUAUGAAGGUUACUGUGUGGACCUGGCAGCAGAAAUAGCUAAACAUUGUGGGUUCAAGUACAAGCUAUCUAUUGUACCUGAUGGAAAGUAUGGCGCCAGGGAUGCUGAAACCAAAAUUUGGAAUGGAAUGGUGGGAGAACUUGUGUAUGAGAAAGCUGACAUAGCUGUUGCUCCAUUAACCAUCACCCUGGUGCGAGAAGAAGUGAUAGACUUUUCAAAGCCCUUUAUGAGCCUGGGGAUCUCCAUCAUGAUUAAGAAGCCUCAGAAAUCCAAGCCAGGGGUGUUUUCCUUCCUAGAUCCCCUGGCAUAUGAAAUCUGGAUGUGCAUAGUGUUUGCCUACAUCGGGGUCAGUGUGGUUCUGUUCCUAGUCAGUCGCUUCAGCCCCUAUGAGUGGCACACCGAGGAAUAUGAAGACGGACAAACACAAAGUAACGAAUCCACAAAUGAAUUUGGGAUAUUUAAUAGUCUCUGGUUUUCUCUUGGUGCCUUUAUGCAGCAAGGAUGCGAUAUUUCGCCAAGAUCUCUCUCUGGGCGAAUUGUUGGCGGGGUAUGGUGGUUCUUUACCUUGAUCAUAAUCUCAUCCUACACGGCUAACUUAGCUGCUUUCCUGACUGUUGAACGGAUGGUGUCCCCAAUUGAAAGCGCGGAGGAUCUCGCUAAGCAAUCAGAGAUUGCUUAUGGAACUCUGGACUCUGGCUCAACAAAAGAAUUUUUUAGGAGAUCUAAAAUUGCACUGUUUGAUAAAAUGUGGACCUAUAUGAAAAGUGCGGAGCCAUCUGUGUUUGUGAAGACAACCGCAGAAGGUGUCGCCCGGGUUCGGAAGUCCAAGGGGAAAUACGCUUACCUGCUGGAGUCCACGAUGAAUGAGUAUAUCGAGCAGAGGAAGCCGUGCGACACCAUGAAGGUUGGAGGGAACCUGGAUUCAAAGGGCUACGGCAUCGCAACGCCUAAAGGAUCCUCAUUAAGAAAUGCGGUUAACCUCGCAGUACUAAAACUGAAUGAACAAGGCCUCUUGGACAAAUUGAAAAACAAAUGGUGGUACGACAAAGGAGAGUGCGGCAGCGGGGGAGGUGAUUCCAAGGUCAGCCCCAUAAACCUUGCAGUAUUGAAACUCAGUGAGCAAGGCACCUUAGACAAGCUGAAAAACAAAUGGUGGUACGAUAAAGGUGAAUGUGGAGCCAAGGACUCUGGAAGUAAGGAGAAGACAAGUGCACUAAGCCUGAGCAACGUUGCUGGAGUCUUCUACAUUCUCGUCGGUGGACUUGGUUUGGCAAUGCUGGUGGCUUUGAUUGAGUUCUGUUACAAGUCGAGAGCAGAGGCAAAACGAAUGAAGAUGACCUUUGGUGAUGCCAUGAGAAGCAAAACAAGACUGUCAAUUACAGGAAGCACUGGAGAAAACGGCCGUGUGAUGACUCCAGAAUUUCCAAAAGCAGUGCAUGCAGUAUCUUACGUGAGACCUGGCAUGGGAAUGAAUGUCAGUGUGACUGAUCUCUCUUGAUUGAUAAGAACCUUUUGAGUGCCUUACACAGUGGUUUGAAACAUGUGUUUUCCUGGUGAAUGGUUGAGAGGCAAAUCCAGUAUCGUGAAGACAUUUCUUUCUUUUUUUUGUCAAAUUAAGAACCUUUCUUCUCGUGGAAAUUCAUCAUGGAGUCAAAUGGGAUCCUGUUAGUGCAAACAACGUCAUUUUCUCUCUGUCACUUCUCUCUUUAUCUCUCUCUACUUGUUUGAAACGGAGCUUGACUGACAUGCACAGCUAAUUUUGGAAGUACUGUAAUCUUAACUGAAAUCAUUGUCUAGGCAACAUACCUGUUUCUGUAGCCACCAUCAUUAAAGCCUGGAUUCAUAUUGACUUAAGCACACUUGACAUAAUCUGCAUCAAGAUGUGAAAUGUUUUAUAAGAAAAUUAAAUAAAAUAUAUAUAAAAACAUAUUUUUAAGUAUUUUCACAAACAAAAUGGCUUUUAAAUAAAUCUGCUUCCAUUCUGGUUAAAUUAAUCUGCGGGGAUGCAACCAGUUCCAUAUUUUUCAAAGCCAAAUAUGUUCAUGCUAGAGGAGGUAAAUGGUUGAACUCUUGUAAUUUAUUAUUGUUAUUACAACUUUCCUGUAUAUCUUAUUCUUUAACAUUUGGUGUUAAUAUCAAAUACCUGGCAAUGCUUAACAUUUGAAAUAAAAAAUGUCCUAUGGUUUUAUUUGCAAAAGGUGAAAAUCCUUGCACUUCUGUCACUGCUAAGGUUUUAUUUUUUUUUUCAGCUGAAGGUUUGAACUGUGUUCUCAUUCAAUUUAGCAUACAAGGAUCAGGGUAGCAGUUUUAUUAAAUUCUAAAAAAGCAGUCUACACAUCAUGAGUGCUGUACGCCAUUCAUGAUAUUAUUGCAUUCGUUUUGCGACUAAAUGAACGUAUUUGUUGAAAAUGCCAAAUAAAUAAGUGUGCCAAAUUUACUAGCAUUAGUGACAAAACUAAGUUUUAACAAAAUCUGUCAUUGUCAUCCAAGUGAAUGUAGCUAAUACAUUCUGUAUGCGUUGUAACACUGAGUACAGUGAUGUGGCUUACUGAUGUGUAAAUUAACAACGUUUACUGAUGUGUAAAUUAACAUUUUGAAGCAUGACAGUUUCCUCACAAAAUAACUACUUGAUUUUGCCUUUAAUAUAUGGUGACUGAAGCCACCAACAUUACGUGAUUCUCAAUAUUUCCAGUGUGUAAAUGUCCAAGGUUGUAUGGGAAACCAAACAUUUGUGAAAAGGUCAGGAAAUGCAGUUAUCAAUAAAUAAUUUCCAUUUUAUUUUCUCUGAGGCUGCUUACAGAUCCAAAUUAAACAAGAACUAGUUAGUUAAGCAUUAUGGGGGAAAAAAACCUUGGGUCUGAUUUUUGAUUUAUCAUCUUUAUACAACACAAGGGAACAUUGUUGUAUCAUUAAGGUUGACCAGAGCAUAAAGUCAUAUAUUUUGUAAAUUAAAUAUUCUGCAGGUCAUCUACAAGUAUGUGUAUGUAUACCUUUAAAAAGAUACACUGCAUAAUACGGCAUAAAUGUACUAUUUGAAUAAAACAUAUUUAGUUUAUAGAUCAUUACUUAUUUUGUAUCUGAAUGAAUUGUGUAUAUGAAUUAACCUCUAACCCAAAUAUGAAUGGAGGCCCAAAAUGACACAACGUAUCAGUAUGGUUCUUCUGUUAUAAUUGUUAUUAAGUGUGUUGACUGUUAAAAAAUUAAUUUAAAAAUGUAUUUUUAAUUUACAAGCUAUUCUCACUGACACUUUGUAAAUUGAGUGUGUGCUAAUGUCUGAGCUUGGCCAAUUUAUUUUUGGGACUAUUUCCAUGUAAAAACAAACUAAGUAUUUUAUCUUGGCCAUACAUAAACUAGUUAAUCUAUCUUAUGUAUAAUAUUUCAAUACAUUUUCAGUAAUAAAAUUAAAUUGGCAAAUCAA